CCCAAAUUUCAGAUCAAUACGAAAAAUGAACAAAUCACUAACCCUUUUUUUGGCAAUCCUUCCAGCUACAGUACUCACGUUAACGUGUGCAGUCUGUGAAUUCAAGCUUCUCCCGCCACACGAUUCCGAAUGCAAUGGCUCUUGUGAAGGAGAUGUAUGUUUUAUUGUUGUGAACAAAUAUUUCAACGGAACAAUAAAUGCCGGGUGUAUGCACUUACGAGAAGACGAUUCAUUCGAAGAUAGAGCCAUUUGUCAUAGAGGAACCUAUGAUAACCGAUGUGCCUGCUCAACAUUUGAUAAUUGUAACAACCCAAAUGUUUCAAUUUCCAACUACACCUUCACCGAAUCUCCAGUGCUCGAAAACUAUCAAUGGGUCCCACAAAUCCAGCCACCAAUGCCAUCCAUCCAACCAAUACUUCCACCAAAAGAUAUCCCAAUCGGUGGAGAUUUAAACGAAACUGUCACAGAGUUGGAAAAUGGAGUGGAAGAUGAUUUGGAGAAGGAGUUGGACGAACGGACGAAUGCCACACAGAUUUUGCGAAACGAAGAGAAUGACGAUUUGUUGACAGUGACAACAUCUGUCGGAUUAAACAUUCGAGAUCAUACGAACAGGAUCAACACCAGUUCUGCUAACAAUACGUCCACUUCCCAACAGAAUGUGGUGGUAGAGACAUCAACGACAGGAACGAGCUUCACACCCGGCCACGGAAGCGUCGAAGUUACCAAGGUCACCCAAGAAGCCUCACCACCAAAGUUGAACCCAUCGAACAGAAAUCUUACAACUGACGGAACCCAAAACCGGGACCCGAAUUCAACAGGAAGCUGGAAGCUUUUCAUUGUUGCACUAAUUCCAAUUCUUCUUAAAAAUCUCUUGUGAUUCUAUUUCCCUUUUCCAAAAAUCCCCUCCAAAAAACAUUCCAUGUACAUAUUUACUAGCCAUCCGCUCCGCAUUCUCCAAACUUCCCAUGCAUUCAAUCCUUCCAAUUCCGGUGUUUUUCGUCUUUUUUUUUGUUAUUUUUUGUUUUGUUUUUUUUCUUUGAAUAAAUGAAACUAUAAGAAAA